AUGUCUAGAUCAUCAUCCAGAAGAAAUAGUUAAGCCAUUGGUUCUCUCAUAAAUUACGCAAACUCUGACGAUACUUAUAACGUCAAAGCAAUCCUUUAUGAAAAUCACAAUCAUAAUCUGUUAAUACUUAAAACCCAAAAGCUAUAUACUUGUAUAAGAUUUGAUAAUAAAAGUAAUUCAUCUCUCUUGUUACAACAACAACGAACAAUUAAGUGAAUUGUAUUUUUAAUACAUCUAAGCAUAAAUAGAUAAAAACAUUCAUACAAAACAAGAAGUUGAACAAUGGGUUAAUUAACAAAAUGACGAAGGUUUCACAGCAUUACAUCUAGCAGCUUAUCGAGGAUCAUUAGUAUUUAUAUUUACAAUAUUAGAAAACCAUCAAACUCCUUGAAUAAUAUGGUGCAGAAUACAAAAUAAAAAAUUAUAAUGGUAAAUCAUAACUUCCUAUUAAAGAGUUAACUGUCUUACAUACCGCCUCGUAAGGAGAUUGCCCAUUGACUAUUUUCUAUUAUCUCCAGAAAGGGAUUGAUAUUAAUGUGAUUGAUAAUAAAGGAUCAUCACCACUCCAUUGGGCUGCAUAUUCAGGAUCAUAUAAUGCUGUAAAUUUCUUAAUCUCAUGGAAUGCUAAUCUAAAUCUUUAAGAUACAGAUACUUCAGUUACUCCAUUGCAUCUAGCUACUAUGUAAGCGAAUUCUAGAAUUGUGCGAAAACUAUUAAUGAAAGGAGCUGAUCGUUCAAUUAAAGACUCCAAUGGUAAAACACCUUUAGAUUUAGCUAUAGAAAAUGAUUUCAAAACAGUUGAAAUAAUGAUUGUAAUUUUUAUAAUAAAUUCUAGAGAGAUAAAAACGAUAUUCUUAUCUUUUGCAAUGUUAGAUAGCCUUUUAGACCAGUGACUCAAUAAAGGAAUAGUUAAAUUGGCUUUCUAUUAAUGUAUAUGACUUGUUUUAUUAGCACAAUUCUAUUUACCUUCCCAUGUAGAUAUUCUAUUCUAUAUAUUUUAGUUGUUAUUAGCACAAUUUGGAUGUGGACAUUCUUUUCUUUAACUAGCAUAACUGUUAUAUUUUUCUUUAUUUCUUGUGCCAAAGAUGCUGGAGUAGUGAGGACAGACCAUAAAUUAAACAUGCUCUAAAUGUUAGAAAGAUAUGACUGUUCAAACAUUUGCUCAGAUUGUAAGGUAUAUAUACAAACACUUAUAGAAGUUAGUAAGACCUAAAAGAUCUAAGCAUUGUGAUGUUUGCUAAUAAUGUGUUAUGGUAUAUGAUCAUCAUUGUCCUUGGAUAAAUAAUUGUGUUGGAGCAAAGUAAUUAAUUUAUUAAAUUAGAAACCAUUUUGUGUUUUAUUUUUUCAUUAUCAGUUUAUUUUCUGAAUUCGUUUUGCAGCUUUUCAUGCAAUCUUCUCAUUAUAAAUCCAAUGCUGUUUAGAGAUGGUUUAUUAAUGCUACUUUAAGUGAAGAAUGGCUUAUAAUUGGAAAAAAGGUUACUUUUUUUUAUGUUAUCAUUUAUUGCUUACUCUUUAUUGUACCUUUGGGGUAAUUGAAAUUUAUAAUUAAGAAUUCUAAUUUACAUUUAAACUGUCAAUUUAUUGACAGGAUAAACUACAUUUGAAAGACACAGUUUAGGUGCUCCAGGUUCAAAAGAUGAAAAAUCCAAUGAAAAAAGUGCCAUAAAUCGAAGUGAAGACUAAUCAAUGGAAUCCACAGAAUAAGGUUAAGGCGGUACUUAACAACCAAGUAAUGAUUAAUAAAUGAAAAUGGAAUAAUCACAUAUUAGCCUUGGAAAUUGUUUUGAAAUGUGUUUUAUAAACAAGAAGAAAAAAGAAUAUAGUAGUGAAUUAGCAACAGAAUUUAUUGAACUAUGA